AUGCCCAGCUCUACGCGGCCCAAGUCACCACCCGAGGGGAAUCCGAAUGGUGUGAUGACUAGUGCAGAUAUCUUGCACAAUCGCUCCAAAAGCCAUUCCCCUCCUCCUAAGCCGGAAUCUUCCGGGGGUAGAAUGGGAGUGUCAACUCACUUGGAUACCGAAAGGCCGUCGAAUGCCGAGACUUCACCCCCAACGAAAAUGAAAUCAAUAUUUCCGCUUUAUGAUCCGAAUGUAUCACUUGAGAAACAGAAAUAUUAUCCCCGCCGCUCGUCGUCCCUACCACAGAUUAUAAUCCCCAAGACUAGCCCAUCGAUCCCGUUUAUUCCGAGCCUUCCUAUCAACCGAGUACAACAACAAAAUGAGCGCGUUUCCUUUUCGUCAAUAGAUGCUCUUGCCCGAUUGUGGGAAGCCACCAAUGGUGAACUAUCCCAAGCCAGUUUGGGCAUUUUUCAUCUGCAAAUGCGGAAGGUCGAUGCAUUCACUUUCAUGUUUGGAACACAAUCCACGCCAUUCUACACUCUUCGAACGAACCCUAUGCAUGAUAUUGAGGUUCACAGAACUCAUCCCAGUAAACCAAACACCAAAUCUCCGGUUGUGACCUUGAAUAUUGGCGAUAUUAGCCGGGCAGGACCCGUUGGGGUAGCACUCUCUUUAUUUCCCAAACUCGCAGAAAUUAUAACGAGAGAAGAAGCUCUGGGAGUAGCACUGAAAUAUCAGCUGGCGCCUCAUCAUGCAAUGGAAAUAGAGAGCGACGCCCUGAGGAGGUCCGAAGCCCAGAAUUCCUGCAUUCUUGAAUUACGCCCAGGGCAAACCAAGUAUAAUGUUUAUCACGCAGCGUUGGCUGGAUGUGACAUUACUUCAGCAGCUGAAUUUGCCUCACAGCCUCGAAAUGAGCAAUCCGGACUACUCCAUGCAUCGGUUUUAACUUCUUUGCCUAAUACCAUCGCCACACGCCAAUAUCCUAAGAUUCAGAUUGCAGCUUCUAGCCCCGACACAAACAACAAAUUUUUAAUUGCUUUAGACUUGGAGACUAUGGCAUUAUCCAUAGAUACUAAACAAAUACUCUCAGCCAUUCCAUCUUUUUACGCUGUCGACGCCAUGGUUGCUGCGAUUCUCAUUAUUGUGGUUUCGAACGAAGUUUCAAGACCCAUCUUAGCGGGUAUGAGCAUGCAGUCACCGAAGCUAUCUGCACGGCCAGAUUCCCAUCGGACAGAUUCUCUAACAUUGGAAGUUCCUAUCGGCAAAGCAGGCAAGGUGUUCAUUGCCACCCAGGCCGAGCGCGAGGAGAUUGAAGAAGCUGCAUUAAUGGAACAAAUCCGCUCUCAACCUAGAAUCCAAGCCAAAACUAGAUUUUCUCUGAUGAGUAUCCUUCCCGGGAGAAAGGACGAGCCCGCGGGCGCAAAGAGCAAGAAAAAGAAUAAAAAGAAAUCGAAACCAGUUGCAGUCGAAGAUAUUGAUCUCGAGCAAUAUGGUGAAUAUAAACAACAUACCCACGAUAAGCAGAAGCUCCCUAGGCCAACAAGGGUACUGCUGAAGAGUAUAUCUUGGGGCUUUUCAGCCAUUGUCUGGGCAUUAACAAUAAUAGUGAAGUUUGUGACAUACAUGGUGAUUACUAUGACAAAAUGUCUGGCACGUGAGAAGGUUUGA